AUGUCAACCCAGAAACUGAAGAACAUCUCCCACUCAGACACGAGCAAUUCGACUGUUGGGCAUCUGCGAUGGCAACUCAAGGUUGAUGGGAUGGCAACCAUCAAUAAGCCACCACAUCACAAGCUUUUUGACUCUCGUGCUUCAGCAAUCAGUCCUGUACUACAGCGGUGGCUUGACACCCCAAACACUAAAUCGUCUUCAUUGUCUGCCCCAGUUUUCAACUUCACUAUUGGACAUGAAGUCAUCAAUUUUUUUCGCCCGCAGGUGCCUACUAUUCCUGCAAUGCCACUGGCAGCAGCUCCAGCCCCUUUUGACCCUACUUGUACCUCUCUCCUUCAUCCAUCUCGUAUGCAAGGAACAGAUAUGCCACUCAAUGAGUUCUGUGCAGAAUAUGACCUAGGCAACACUAUCCACGUGAAGUUUGCUGAGAAUGCCUACAAGGAAGCUUGA